GAGGAAUGUGAACGUGUGCGUGGAACGUUGAACCAUUUUGGAAUAUUGGCUGAAGCCUAUCAUGCUGGACUUCCUGAUACAGUUGGUCAAGUAAAAUGGGGUGGAUUUCAUGUCGGGGAUGCUCCUUGCGUUGCAUUCAUUCUUGCCGACACGGUUCGCGGCGAGAUACAGCAUCGUUGGUUGCGGAAUGAUAUUAAUGUUAUAUGUGCAACAAUUGCAUUCGGAAUGGGUGUAGACAAACCAGACGUACGAGACUGGAUUCGAGCUUGGACGAGAUGGCGCCCAUCGUACUGUCUACUGCUGUAUGCCUACAAAGACGCUAUCCGUUUACGACAGUUGGUAGAAGGAAGAAAGCUUCUCGUCGAACAUUUUGGAGAGGUCUACGAUGCGCAAAUGUGCUUAAAAAGUGCGGCACCAUGCGACGUUUGUCAACGUCUGAAACACAACCCAGAAGGGGUGAAGUUGUGCGACAUGUCCGAGGAGGCCCUCAUGAUGCUGAAAGCGAUCAGCGAAAUGGGCAACGUCUCAUCGCAG